AUGUUGGCCGGGGACAUAUGUGUUGCCAAAGCAUUUAAACCGACCCAUCCUCAGGUGUUCACGGUGGAGGAGAUGAUGCCCCACCUACAGGAAGUGGGCGGAGCCGUGACCAAGAACCUCUUCCUUAAAGACAAGAAGAAGAAGACAUUAUGGCUCGUGACCGUUCGCCAUGACCGGCAGGUGAAUCUGGGUGACCUCUCAAAGCAUCUCGGUCUGGGGAGUGGAAACCUGCGCCUGGCUGAUGAGGCGGCCAUGUUGGAAAAACUAAAGGUGGGGCGGGGCUGUGCGUCGGCGCUGGCCCUGCUGUUCGAUACGGACGGCGGCGUGAAGCUGCUUCUGGACGAGGACCUGGUCCAGGGGGGGCACCCGGCAGUCCACCUGCACCCCAUGACCAACACUGCCACCCUGGGCAUGGCGCCCGCAGACCUGCUACGCUUCCUCCAGCACACCGGACACCCACCAAUCCUGCACGCCUUCCCUUAGACCAGGGGAACACUCGCUGGUUCUACUCAGACCAGAACGGUCGCUGGUUCCACUCACACCAGGAGAACGGUCGCUGGUUCCACUCACACCAGGAGAACGGUCGCUGGUUCCACUCACACCAAUGGGUCCAACAAUCCCAUUAUCAUCACGACCUUGUUUGGAUGCUGUUCUUCAGUAAUGACAAUGUCUACAGGAUGCCUUGACCUGUAGAAAAGGUUUUAUUAAACCUAGUCCUGAAGUCAGCCUGUCCACUCAGUGAGGGCCACGGGAACUACUGGAACCUUCUGUCAGAACUUCUGGUUUGAAGCAAAGAGGGCGGAAAUAAAGUCAAAACCAAACCCUGUUCUAAAA